GCUACCAGUUAAGUCGUCGUCAACAAACAUGGAAGAGGCUAAUGUUCACUCAACUCCUGGGAAAUCCCGAAAAACUGUUCUACAAAGGAAAGCCAGCCGUGCCAAAGAAAAGCUUUUCCAGACGCUAGGCAAGGCGGACAAAACACGCGAUGAGGGCUUUGAGACAUACGUGGGCAACUUCGCCAAGCAGCAGGCAUCAGCUAAUAAUCUUUCGAAGGAAAUCAGGAGAUAUGUCAGCUCAGUCAAAGCCAUGGAGAUGUCUGCCAAGUCUCUCUAUGAUGCACUGGCGGAGGUUCAUGAACCGGAGUGGGUUGAGCAUAAUGUAAUCGAGGAAGCCUCACAGAAAUCACUCGAGAUCUGGGUCGACUACAUGAAGACACUACAAGACAGCGUUGUCGAGCCUAUGACGCAGUACCAGGCCAAGUUUACAGAUGUCAGGUCUCACAGUGAACUAUUGGAAGCGAAGGACUUGUUCGACGAUAUAAACAGUACGAUGUAUGAGCAGCUCCCGGAGCUUUACGAUAGCCGAAUUCAGACCUACGUGCAGCUGUUCCAGGCAAUAUUCAAUGCUGAUACAGCACUUCACGGCCAAUCUGCACAGCUGGUACAGACGCUGCAUCAAGCACUCGGCAAGCUGCAGGUGGAAACUGCCGAGGGAACCUACAACUGCCCUCGCUUCGAGCCCGUCCUUCCACCCACACCAACCACACCUCUCUCGCGUGCCACAACUCCCGCAAGCACUCUCAGGACACCUGUCUUGGUUGGAAAUUCAAACAAAACGCCCGAUGCAGCCAUUGGAGUUUAUGAUGUCGCCAGGCCGGCUAACGGUCCGGAAAACAAUGGACCAUCUACAUCUGUUGGCAUCCCCGACUCGCCGAAAACUCUAACUCUAAUCGCCGAAGCGGGAGGACGAGAGCGGCGAGGUGGCCGUAACCAACGAAGAUGUUAAAGCUGUGGAGUCGCACCCUCCAGCAGACGCUCCGGUUUGCAACGAUUCGGCCGCCGAGGUGGCGGCCGUGAAGCCUGAAAACGAAGAGGAGAAGGAGAAGGUAGACGUAGGGGAGAGUCUGGAGGAGUCCAUCACUGCUACACUGAUGGCCACCAGUCUAACUGAUGAUAAGAAAGCUGCUGAUGACGAUACGCCAGCAGAAGAGCAACAGGGAGCCGUGGUGAACGUUGCCAUGACACCCGAGAACGCAGAGGUCGCAGUGAGCGUGAACCAAGUUGAACAGCCACCACAGAUGGCAGCACCAACACAGAACACAGAGCAGGCUGCAGCAGCAGAGAAUGUUAAGGAGGAUGUGAAACCGCAUGACGGAGUGAAGAUGGAUGUGUGGCAAGAGACGACAGAAGUGACGCACGGUGACACCCAUCAGUCCACGCAGGUGACGGAGACAACUUCUGUCAUGAAGGCAGAGGAAGGUGUCAGCAUGACACAGGAGACGAGGGAGGUCAUCACGAAGGUCAUCACCAACACAGAGGAUCUCGGAGAGAAGGUCGCGGAGAAGGCAGAGGAGAAGGUCGAAGAGGUCACGCAGAAGGUCGAUGAUAUCACGCAGAAGGUCGAUGAUGUCACGCAGAAGGUCGAAGAGGUCAUGCAGAAGGUCGAUGAUGUCACGCAGAAGGUCGAAGAGGUCAUGCAGAAGGUCGAUGAUGUCACGCAGAAGGUCGAAGAGGUCACGCAGAAGGUUGAAGAUGUCACGCAGAAGAAGGUCGAUGACGAAUAUGUUCCACCAGGAACGCUUUACACGAAAGAGGAUAAGCAAACAAAACGUGUGUUGCAGGACGAAGGAUGGCUGAUGGGAGUCGUCAAGUCAUCCCGGAAGAAAGGAGUCUUCCCCGAAAACUUCACCUCUAAGAAGGUGUAAGUGCUGACGAUGCGUGGACGACGCCGGCGGAAGACACUGCUGGCGGCCCUGCAUCUUGUAAAGAACUAUCUUAACCUCUUGGAAACAUGGAGAAGAGACACGAAGAAGCUCCUGCGUCCAGCUCAUUUUUAUCCACCUCCUGGUGUCUCUCAAGUGCAGAGAAGCCGUUUGAGUAUUACCGUUGUAGACUGGUCCCUCUAGCCGUCUAAAAUUGAGAGGCUGGUCUCUUCACUCUUGCCAUGUGGCGACAGAAAGAGAGGUCUUGCAUACCCCUGCCCCUCGCCACACCUCAGUAUAGUGCAGCUAUUUCGGGAGUCGACUAACCCCCUCCUCCCAACCAACCGCAUAUAUAUGUUGAUAUUUAACAUUCUCAUGCAGUUUUACAAGCCGCAUAAGAUUGAUACGUAAUUUGUGUAGUAAUUAGAUUAGGUAUCGAAAGCCGUCCAUGUUUACAGCACGACCAAAUCGGACAGCACCGAAGCAGCGGCGAGGCUCUGUCCACAACUGUCGCACUGUGAGUCUGUGACUGUAAUACUGCUGUCGAGCAAUGAUUGAGAAGAUAACUUCAGCUAUUAUCGUUCUCUUGGUUCCUCUGACGUUCAGUCGCUGUUUGUGAAAGUGGUUGCAUGCCUGGUCGACUUUCAGUACUUGAUGGUCGUUCGAAAUGAUUCAUUAUUGCAUACAUAUUGCUUUUAUUGUGUUGACGAUUUAUAGACAAAGCUAAAGAAUGAAUUGUGUAGCAGAUAUUUUACGGUCAAAUAAUAGGAUACCAUGUAAACAUGAAAUUAUAAGGAUAAUUUAGGGUGUAGAAAACUAAAGCAAACAUAUAGUGGUAAUCGGGAUAUUGUAGGCAAUAUUUUAAAAGUAAUAUAUUGGUCAGUUAUCGUUUGAUCGUUUACAAUUGCAACUGAUUAAUACUGGUCGUACCAGCUAGCAUAAUUACACAUCUGUCUUGAGAACUAUUUCAGAAGUGUGUAAAUGCAUAUUUAUAAUAAAUACUUAGAUUCGUGUGGUUUUGUUUUGUACAGAGGGCAGCAUUGGUACAAACAAGAAAAAUUAGAGCAGAGAAUGUAAGUUCAUUAUUGAUGAACGAAUUGAUCUUCCCUACAGUCGCGGUGAACGUUGUCUAUAAAGUGAUUAAAUAAUUAGUUAUUAAAUUGAUUAUUUCAAAUCAUGACGUAAUGACGGAUUCUCGUAAAUUUCAGCCAUAUUGCUGUUAUGUGUUCGGGUUUUUUAACGGGUUUUAUUCUAAAUCGAAAUUGAUCAGCUGGCAAAUCUUUCACGAGACGAAGAUGGAAAUGGAGCGCAAUUGAAUAGGCGGAUGUAAAUGGCGAGGAAGCAUACAUGUUCUGCUCUACUCUUUCUUGCUCUCUUGUUGAGCAUAUUGUUUUGUGUGUAAAUUUUUCCGGCAAGAUAUAUGUGUCCGAUGAACUGGAAAUGAAAAUAAGUGACUUAUGAAAUGCUGGCGUGGAGAGAAGUGUUGCACAGCCCAACCCGUGUCCGUUUUAGCCGUAGCUCUACCAUCACAGCCAUUCUCCCCCACACACCAGCUUGUGAUGAGACGAACGGUUGUAUAUAGUAGAGAUUCAUUAACCUGGCUUGAUCCUCCGUGGUUCCAGCAUCUUAACAUUGAUGUACACACAGCAGCAUAGACGGAUGUCGUCCGCUUCUCUCUCUCUCACGCUUGCUUGCUAAUGGUGACGUUCGAUGCUGUGAUUAGUCAGCCGUUAAUCUUACAAGCGUUAAUCUUACAAGCGUUAAUCUUACAGGCGUUAAUCUUACAAGCGUUAAUCUUACAGCCGUUAAUCUUGCAAUCGUUAAUCUUACAAGCCAUGUCGUAGCGUGUGUGUAGCGAUCGUUCGUGUGUCUGUACGCGUCAGCCGUCUUUCUAUAUAUAUAUGCAUAUAUAUCAUCAUCAUCUCCGUGGUUUUUCUAGUUGCUCGUUGUGUACUGCAUAUGUCCGUCCGUCUGUGUGCGUGCGUGCGCGCGUGCGUGCGUGCGCGCGUGCGUGCGUGCGACGAGGUGAACGCGUGCGCGCACCACGACCACCAGUGACACGUUGAGACAGAGCGCAGCCGCUUUUUGACAGGUUUACUUCAGACCACGUUGGGUUGUUCUUUGAGGCAUGCAUGCGUAGACGAUAAUAUAGGUCAGUGGCUUUGUGUGUGUGCGCGUGUUCUCAGAAGAUCUAUGUGUUGUCAGUGUGUAUAGAUGGAAGCUGGUCCUCACCGUUUGUUUCCCACCCGCCUGCUGUCAGACCCGAUGUUAACGAUUGCUGUGCGUGGCGUCAGUCUAUAUGUGAAGUCGUUAUCGGUGUGCUGAUGGCAUGAAAUCAGGAGUGUCAUGAAAUCAGGAGUGUCAUGAUAUAGAUAUAUAUAUAUAUUAUGACAAGAGCUAAUAAUAUAUUGUGUAAUACAUAAUACAUGUAUUAUUAUCUCUCGAUUAUGAUUAUAUUAAAUGACACUAUGAUACUAUAAUUGUGACGUAUCUAUGUUAUGACGCGCCUGAUAAAAUGACUUUCGGAGAAAGGGUUGUGAAGAAAUGGUUUCAGUGAGUAUCAAUCUGUGUGGCAGGCGACUUUUCCGCGCUGCCCGCAGUUAGAGAGAGAGGGAGGACCUGCUUGUGUGUUGAUGGAUAUACAUGCAGCGAGUUCGCCACCAGACUAACCAUGUCUUGUUGGAAGCUACGUUUUUAUUUCAACUAGCGGUUUGUAGGUGUGAAGUGUAUAAAAACGCGCUGGAGCUUGCUGUCCGUCCGUCUUAGGCGUGAUUACUGAAUGUCGGUGACCAAGUAACGCGUAUGUGCAAGAGUUUUAAUUGGCUAUAUCGCAUUGGAUCCGUAUUGGAACAACGGGAUUCGGUGGUGAUUGCUUGUGGGGGUACUAAAGAGUUAGCAGCAGUAAUGUAUAGCAAUUAAAAUAGUGUUUAUAUAAUUAUAACGACGCGAUAUUCAGCGCUUAGCUAGCUUCUACAUUUUGUUGCAUGUUGUUGGUUUGCUUAGACGAGAGUGCAUGGCCCUUUCCUCAAAUCAUGUUAACAGUUUUUAAGUAAGUAUACACAUAUAUAUAUCUAUAGAGCACUCGCGUUGCUGGGGUCUAACAGGCGUAGUCUUUUUUUAAUAGAUAGAUUUUAAUCGAGGUGUGCUGUACAGUGUGUGUGCUAUGAGCAUUUAUUGUGUUUUCGGAGUUUUUAUCGUAGGGACCUGCUCUGUGUGAAAGCGUAGUGCGCUUGCAAACGUGCCCGCGUAUAUAAGCGUUACUUCUGACGUAGUGUUUGUUGGUGUUGCUGCCAGUUUUGAAUCGUUCACGAGUUUUUAUAAAUAUUAGGGAGAGGAAACAACGCGAACAGGUUUCUGGCAUUCGAUACGACAGUUUCGAUAUUGAUUAUUAUUUCGAUACGAAUGAUACAAGCGGUACAUGCAAAAAUUCGUACAUAAAACUUUCAUUUAAAUUCAUGUAACGCAUUAGCAUAAGUCGAGAAACAUACUACCGGUUUCCGUGCUGGAAAGUAUAGGUCACACGGAUUUUAGAGGAAUGUAAAACAGAAUGGAACUAAUAAACGCCCCUGCUGGAUCCCA